UGCGAAAAAAACGUACAAGCAAAGUGCAACAAUAUAAAAUAUAAGAAAAAAUAACCACAAAAAGAGAACUUCCUUCGAAAAAGAGCCGCAAGUGGAUGUUAGAGCAAACAGGAAAUGAAUAUGCAAAAAAGGGAAAGAGGAUAUGAAAAAUGCAAAUAUCAAAUCGAGUUCAAUGCAAAAAUCAUCUGCUAGCCAAACGAAACGUGUUUACACAAUUCAGUCAAUGCAAGCGAAACUCAAUACGAAUACAUAUGUGAGUCACUGUGCAGCCAAUCGCUAAUUGUGGCUGUGCGCAACUGUUGUUGGACAAAAGCGAUGGCAAAACUCAUAUGAAAAUAUGCAUUAAGUGCAACCGCAAAAUAGAAAACCAACAGAACAGAGACUGAACGUAACAAGAAAAAACGGAAAUAAUAAUUUUAAUAAAAAGAAGAGGACAAAGGGAAAUUACGCUGUGGAAAAACGAUAGAGGAAACCAAAAAAAAAAAAAAAAACACGAGAUUGCAAAUGUAAAAAUUGAUUUCUGCGGUUUCAACUAACGGAUAUUGCUCAUACGCAAAGUAUUGUGGCCAAAUAGCGGUAGUGAAGUUAAGAAAACAGCAGCAAAAAAUAAGAGCUGAUAAAUAAAUUACGAAUAAUUGUGUUGAUCAAUUAAUAAUCAAUAAAAAUAACAGAAAAUGGCGCUGCCCAGAAUAGAAUUCUGCAGGAUUUUCAUCAUCUUCAUCGCCUGCCUCACAGCAUUGCCAGAGCUGACUGUGGGGCUGCGCAAUGUUAACGUUCGCAUUCCGGCGGCCGUUAAGCGCGGCGAUAAUGCGCUCUUAAUCUGCAAUUAUGACAUCGAGAACGACACGCUCUAUGCGGUAAAAUGGUACCGAGGCCGCAGAGAGUUCUAUCGUUAUACGCCCAAGGAGAAUCCCGCAUGGAAGAUAUUUACGAAAACGAAUGAAAUUGAAGUCGAGACCACACAAUCGAAUGCCAGUCAUGUGCUUUUGCGAAAUGUGCCCACCUCAAUAUCCGGCAAAUUCGCCUGCGAAGUCUCCGCCGAUGCGCCCACCUUUGACACAUCCAUUGUGACCGCCGAUAUGGAGGUUGUCGAACUGCCCUCACAACGUCCCAUCAUAACGGGCAUUCAUUCGCGUUAUCGCCUUGGCGAUAUCAUCAAUGGCAACUGCUCGUCGGAUUACUCAAAGCCCGCAGCGAAUCUUACCUGGUGGAUCAACGAUAUACAAGUGCCACCAAAUUAUUUGCGUGUCUAUGACAUUCAACGACACCUGGCUGAGCAUCUUGAGUCAUCAGUGUUGGAGCUGAAUUUCGUGGUGACAACUCAUCACUUUAUCAAGGGACGCCUCAAGCUAAAGUGCUCAGCUCGCAUUCAUGAUAUUUAUGCGCAGGAGAGUGAAAAACUCAUUGAAGAGGAUCGACCACGAAUUUUGGCGUCAGGUCGCUCGCCGGACAUGAACAUGUAUCCAUUCGAUCAGCCUGGGGAUGGGGAUGAGCACAACGAGUUGUUCUUGACAGAUCGAAAUGCUGCCACAACGUUGUUGAAGCUAAAUUGGCAACGGCAACUGAGCUUUUGGCUGUUGUUACUGCUGCUGCAUUUGACCUGGAGCAGGACAAACUGGAGCAUCAGGACGACAAGGAUUAAGAGUACCCCAAGUUCUUGUUGCAGCGAAGCAGUGCCCAAACUUAAGUUGGCUACACGGUGAUGCGUUGGACCUGCUCUGCAGCUGCCGCGAGAAUUGGACUUCAAGACGAGCAUGAGGUUGAGGACGAGGACUCCUAUUGCCCCAUAGAACUAGCAUUUGUGUGUGCUAGCAGCGUCAACAAUUAUAAACAGAAUCAUAUAUAUGCGGGCGUAUUCCCAAUCCAAUGUGAAAUUGGCAAACGGGAAGAGCCUUCUUAGUGAAAUGCGAAUAGUCGAAAUUUGUCAUUAACUGUAACGUUUAGCAAAUGUUUGUUGUGCUGCCCCCUAAUCCUCUGCCCUAUUCCUCAUUCCUAUCGCUCUCCUCUCCCACAUAAAGCUACUACAUAUACCAGCAAAACAUAACGAAAUAUAUACUGUAAAAAUGGAAUAUCUCAUUUCGUCACCUAAGCCUAAGUCGAAUGUAAAUAAAUCAUAACACAACCAAAAAAAAAAAAACACAAUCUCAAUUUCAAUGGAUAUACAAAAAAACAAAA